UCUCAGUGCCGCAAAUUUUAGAAUCCACACCCACUCCUGACAGCCCCCCUAAGUCUAACAACUCAACUCAACCAUGCAAUCACCAACAGCAACAACCACAACAGCAGCAGCUGAACAAAGACUGCACAUCACAACAGACCACCUGACAAAUGUCACGAUAAACACUUCUCAAGAACCUUGGCUCCACGCUUAUCUCUCUCAAAGCACGCACCCAAUCAAAGGCCGCCAACUCGUCGCCUCGCACCCCAUAGCCAAAGGCGAACUUCUCCUAAUAGACACACCUUACGCUGUAAUUCCCGUCGUUGACGAUCCCGCCUCAAGUCCGGAUGUCCUAUGCAGCAAUUCCAAAUGCAAUCGGAAGAUUAUUAGUGCGUCUGCGUCUGCGUCGACGGAGCCGCGAACACGCACCUCGUGCCCAAGCAACUGCGUCCCCGAUGUAGCGUGGUGUAAUGAAGCCUGUCGAGCGGCCGACCAAGCCCGUCAUGGGUUCGAGUGUACCUGGUUGAAGAAGUACGCGGCCUCGAUACGCUCGAAAUGGGGCGAGUAUGAUUUCGGGAUGCUUUGGCUUAUUGUGCGGAUAUUGGCCACGAGGUCUGUUGAGGAAGUCGGCAGUCUAGAGUCGACACAACGCUUCAAGGCCGGAUGGAGCGCUAUUGAGUCGCUUUGUGGUUCCCCUGAGACGUGGGCGCACUCGCAGGUGCGUGAGUGGAGCACGCUGGUAAAGAAGUAUAUGAGGACUUCCGAGUCGUUGCCGCAUGGUAUGAGCGCGGAUGAUGUCCUGGCGCUUAUUUGUCGCGAAGAGGCCAAUUCUUUUGGCCUGUAUCCGAGAGAAACGGGGAUUCUUUCGCUCUCGGAUACUUCGCUUGAUAGGGGGGAGCAGUUCGCUGCAGCUGUGUACCCUCGCGCUGCUAUAGCAAAUCACUCGUGUAGCCCGAAUAUUAUCCAUAAGCCUGACAACAACGGCAGAAUGGUGUUUGUUUCGUCGCGCGAUAUCCAAGCCGGCGAAGAAUGCUGUAUAUCCUAUUUCGACUUGACGGAGUUUGUGGAACUGAGCGCACGACGGGAACAUCUACAAAAGUCCUUCAGGUUUCUAUGUAAAUGUGAAAGGUGCCUCGGGGAAGAGACACCGGAAGAAGACAACAGCUGGGAUGCAUUCCCGGCGAUGGAUGAUGACGAAUAGACGACCUGAACAUACGACCUUUCAAGAAUAUAGAGCCAAGAUCGAUAUACUUGGCACACAAUGGUCAUAUAAAGCUUCACUAAAUGAACACAUACGAAUAGACACUUG